GCCGUGUCCAACUGGGUGCCACCCGAUUAAGUUAGGUUAAGUUAGGCUAAGUUAUGCCUGGUUUAUGCUUCGGUCUUAAUUUUAGUCUUAAAAUUAGUCUUAAUUUAAUCUUAAGGAUUGUUUAUGCUUCCCUGGAAAUUCAGACUACGCAUGCGUAUACGUAAAGAAACAUAACCACAAACGAACGAUGAUUGCAGACGACGCACACAUGCAAAAUGAAUCAGCGACGUAGAAUAAUAUUGACAUUUGGAUUAUUACUUUUAUUGUCAAGUGGCUGUGUAGCACAUUUAUUACUUCAAAAUAGUCAAAGAAGGAAAAGAAGGAGGUAUGCUGUUCGACCAAUGAAUAGAAAAAGAAAUGAAAACGGUCAUUUUUUUUCUUUAACUAAGGAUAUGCUCAAUCUUGAACACGAUUAUGAGCAGUUUUUUUAAAUUUACACGGUGUUCUCCGAGCCAGUUCAAUGAGUUACUUCAAUUAGUGGGACAUAAAUUGCAGAAGGACACUCGAAGAAAUCCUUAUAUAUUGUCACCUUCACAUCGACUGAUAUUAACAUUGCACUACUUAGCCGAGGGCUGUACAAUGCAGGAAAUUGCAAGGAAUUUUCGUAUCGGAAAGACAACAGCACAUGUCAUCAUUAAAGAAACAUGUAAAAUCUUAUGGGACGUUCUGCAGCCACGUGUAUUGAAACGUCCAAGUAUUGACGACUGGAAGAACAUUGCUCAUGAAUUUUAUCAUCGAUGGAAUAUGCCCUAUUGCUUUGGAGCUGUUGAUGGUAAACACAUCAACAUUAUGGCUCCAAAGCACUUUGGAACUGAAGUCUUCAACUAUAAGAAGUCUUUCAGCAUCGUAUUAAUGGCCGUGUGUGAUGCAUAUUAUCGCUUUACAUUUGUUGACAUUGGAGCAGCUGGUUCUAAUCACGAUUCUGUCAUAUUCAAAGAAUCUGCGUUUGUAGCAGAUCAAGCAUUUCCCCUUGACAAGCACAUUAUGCGACCAUACCCAGGCAAUAACUUAGGAGAAAAAAAAAACAUUUUUAAUUAUAGACUCUCCAGAGCGAGGCGAACUAUCGAAAAUGCGUUUGGCAUUUUAGUACAACAGUGGAGAAUUUUACGAAAGGAAAUAAUUGCCUCUGUAGAAACUUGCGAAGAAAUAGUUAUGGCAACAAUAAUUCUCCAUAAUUUUUUACAAAGAGGUGCAGAGGAUAUUCCACAACAUGAAAGAAGAUAUGUUGUAACGGGAGUUUCUGAAUAUAUAGAUGAAAAUGGAGUACUUUUGCACAAAGAUAUACCAUGUGAUUUACGUUCUAUUGGUCGAUUAGGAUCAAACAAUCCUUCAAAAACUGUCAAAGAGGCCCGAGAUGAAUUAGCUGAUUACUUCGUAAGCGUAGAAGGCGCCUUGCCUUGGCAAUGGGAAUAUGUUAGACAAGGAAAUGUACCAUAA